AUGUUCAUAUUCCUUGCAGCUGUAUUCUUCAACAUGGGUCUCCUCUCUUCCGUCCGCUCCAUUAACUCACUCAUCUUCUCCUCAAAUCUAUCGACCACAAACCAAACAACCGCAAGAAGCAACCAAUCCACUUCACAUCUUUCUUCUUCAGUACAUUCUAGUCCUCGCUUUGGUUAUCUUGUUUCAGGGUCAAGUGGUGACUUAGAGAGUCUAUGGAGAGUGUUAAGAGCAGUUUACCAUCCGAGGAAUCAAUACGUUGUUCAUCUCGAUCUUGCGUCUCCUUCCGAAGAGAGGCUUGAGCUAGCUAAACGUGUGAAGGAAGAUCCUGUUUAUAGCCACGUUGGUAAUGUCUUCAUGAUCACAAAGGCUAAUCUUGUUACAUAUCGAGGACCUACAAUGGUGGCUAAUACGCUCCACGGCUGCGCCAUUCUCUUGAAGCUGAGUAAAGAUUGGGAUUGGUUCAUUAAUCUCAGCGCCUCGGACUAUCCUCUAGUGACUCAAGAUGAUCUUAUUCAUACAUUUUCGAGGCUAGACCGGAACCUUAACUUUAUCGAACACACUAGCAAUCUAGGCUGGAAAGAAGAUCAUAGAGCAAAGCCUCUGAUCAUAGACCCGGGGCUUUACUCGACAAAUAAAUCAGAUGUCUUCUUGGUUACACCUAGCAGAACCGUGCCAACUGCAUUCAAAUUAUUCACUGGUUCCUUUUGGAUGGUCUUAUCUCGGCCGUUCGUAGAGUAUUGCAUUUGGGGAUGGGACAAUCUUCCACGGACACUUCUAAUGUAUUACACAAAUUUCGUCUCUUCAUCAGAAGGAUAUUUCCACACUGUGAUCUGCAACGCACCAGAGUACUCGACCAAGGUGGUGAACCACGACCUGCGUUACAUCUCAUGGGACGAUCCUCCCCAACAGCAUCCUUUGACACUCGGCAUCAAUGACACAGAGAAGAUGAUUGCAAGCGGAGCCGUGUUUGCCCGCAAGUUCAGACAGAAUGAUCCUGUUUUGGAAAAGAUCGAUAAAGAGCUGCUCGGUAGACGUAAUGGUAAGUUUACACCUGGUGGUUGGUGUAAAGGAAAACCGAAAUGCUCGAGGGUUGGUGAUCCGGCGAAGAUCAAACCGGGUCAUGGAGCUAAACGGCUUCACGCGCUUGUUACAAGACUUUAUUUUACGUCUAAAAUUACUCAAAAACAAUGUGCAUAG